AUGUGUACCACGCUUCGCUUUACUCUACUGAUGUACCUGGUUUAUGAAACAGGUUCCACAGUCAUCAACUGUAAACAAACUGAAAAAGGUCUAGAGUACAGAGGAACCAUAUCCGUAACUAUUUCCGGAAAAACUUGCCAGAGAUGGGACAGCCAGACACCACAUGCUCAUAACUAUGACAAAGAUUUGCCAGGAAACGCAAGUGUGCACGAAAAUUAUUGUAGAAACCCUAGAGCUUCAGAAGAUACAGUCCCUUGGUGCUACACAACCGACGAAAACAUACGAUGGGAUUUUUGUGCUAUCCCAUUCUGUGAGGUUGACUUCUCCAAAUGUAAACUAACUAGAGAGGGCUUAGAUUAUAGAGGCAACGUUUCAAGAACAGCCUCGGGUAGAACGUGUCAGCGCUGGGACAGGCAAUACCCUUGGACUCACAGGUACACUGAUUUGAUUGGAGGCAACAGUGUGCAUGUAAACUACUGUAGAAAUCUAAUCGCUGGAGAAGAGCCGACCCCUUGGUGUUACACUACAGACGAAAAUGUCCGAUGGGAGCACUGCGAUAUUCCCAUUUGUGAAUGUAGAGAUACCCCAAUGGGAGAGGCAUACAUUGGGAAAAAAUCUUACACAGUAGACGGACGUCAGUGUGUGAGAUGGGACAGGGUUAACGAAUCAAAUCCAGAUUAUUUCAAUGUCCAGUUUCUGACAGGAAGCAAAAGAGCCCAUGAAAAUUAUUGUAGGAAUCCGGACAAUAAUAUAGCACCCUGGUGCUUUACGGAAUUGGUUGGUGGAUCCUGGGAUUAUUGUAACAUCCCCUUUUGUAAAAAGAGUAGUGCAGAAUGUCUAAAUAGUCCAAAAGGCCUAGAUUAUUUUGGAACCAAGCAUAGAACUGUCGACAACAUAGAAUGUCAACGCUGGGAUUCAAUGGAACCACAUCGACAUGGUUUUUCAAUAGGAUUCAUGGGACUCUCUGCUUCUGAACACGAAAACUAUUGCAGGAAUCCUGAUGGAGAAAAUAUGCCUUGGUGCUAUACUAUUGAUAGCUAUGUCAGAUUUCAGUUUUGUAGCAUUCCAAAUUGCCAUGAAUACGACUGUAAGAUCUCAGAAAAGGGACUGGAAUAUAGAGGAAAGCGGCAAACGACAAGAGAUGGAAUUCAAUGUCAACGUUGGGACAGUGUUUAUCCACACUACCCCAGCCCAUCAAUCAGUUUCCCUUCAUCCUCUCUCUCCGCGCAGGAAAACUUUUGUAGAAACCCGGAUGGUGAACCGGCCCCGUGGUGCUACACAAUGGAUCCUGAUGUAAGGUGGCAGGCUUGUGAUGUUCCGUUUUGUUUUGAAGAUUCUUAUAGUUGUGAAUUCCGAAAAGAUGUCUGUACACUGGAACAAUUAAGUAAUAAAACAAUAAAGUGGGUCCUUUCAAAAGGAGAUGACAAUAUCACGCAAGCUUUAACACUCGCCGAGAAUUUGCCAUCUUUACAGUCAGUAUUACCUUCCUUGAGAUUGCCCAAAAUGCGAUUCACAAAAACCGGGAGUUGUUUACAAAUGAAUUACCGCAGCCGUGGAAUACGUCUGAACAUAAGUACCGAUAAACAAAACUUGACUAGUCUUUCUAGCAGCGAUGAGUGGAAGUUCAUAAAAGUUAAUAUAGAUUACUCAACGGAAUCGUACCAGAUAACAAUGACACCGAUUUCCACUACAUCUUCAGUUGAGAUUUCCAUAAAGGAUAUCCACAUACUUAAUACACCAUGCGAAGAUUGCUUUGCCUGUUUCGAUGAUGGGUCUUGCAUUGAGAGUGGAAAAUUGUGUGAUAUGAGUAUAGACUGUCCUGAUAAAAGUGAUGAGUUGAACUGUGCUCUGGAGUGUUAUAAUGAAAAAUAUUAUAGAGGAUUUAGAGCAAAAACUAAAUUCCUUCACCAAUGCAUUGAUGGUACAUGUAAGCUUGACUCCCAAAGCAAAGGAAAGCCAGGUUGCUCCAUUUUUUCCGGACAGAAGUGGGAAGAAUGCAGCGUUCCACAAUGCAAAAUAGAGAGUUUAGAAUGCGAUUUUGAAAGGAAUAUGUGCAACUGGAAGUUUUCAAAACAGGGAGUGAAAUGGAAUCGGCACAAGUCGGAGGACGUUGACGAUAUAGUUGUCACUGCCAAACUGGAUAAGACUUUGACUAGCAAUGAGGAAGACAUGGCUAUUUUAUACAGUACGCCACAGCCGGUAUCAUCUGACUUUGGUUGUUUAACAUUGUCUUACAAAGGAAAAGGUGUUCACUUACAACUCUUUAUAACCCAAGGAACCAUAUAUACACGAAACAAAAUGGUCUUUGAACGACGCGAUGUUGACUCCAAACUUUUUGCAUCGACAAGCAUUCAGACGCCAACGAAUAUUCCGUACAUGGUAAUAUUGGUUGGAACAUUCAAGGCAAACAGAUCAGGCAUAAUUCAGAUAGGAAAAAUUAGCUAUGAAAAUGGUAUUUGCGCAGAUAAAGAACCAUGUAGCUUUACACAGUUUCAAUGUGAAGAUGGCAGUUGCAUUCCUGUUGGUGAAUUUUGUAAUGGAUUGACUAACUGUCCCAAUCAAGAAGAUGAAUCACCAUGUAAACACAACAACAACACAUCGUGUUUAGAGUACAACAGUGGUUGUUCAAAACGUUGUCCUGCUCACUGUCAAUGCAAUGGAUUCAUUUUUAAAUGCAGUUCCCCGGAAAAUGUAACAAAGGAAGUCAGGGUUCUUGAUUUAAGUUCAAAUUCUUUUAACAUUGAAAGUAUUGAAGAUUUUGGUUUACUCGUACACUUAAAUCUUUCAAGUUGUCAUCUAUCCGAUUCUUCGCUAACAGAUCUUGGAAUUCGGUUAAAUUCAUUUAGUCUUCAAAAUUUAGAUCUGUCAUACAACAAUAUUAAAAAUCUAGAAUCGAAAGCAUUUGACGGAUUGUCAAACUUGUUGUACUUAAAUAUCUCCUACAACCAGAUCAUACGUUUUCAAAUGGAUUUUCUUAAAUUUACUCCAAGGUUAAGACAUCUAAUUAUUAUCAAUAAUAAGAUAGCAAAGAUAACAGCUUUAGAAAGUUACAACCGACUAAAUUCAAGUCUUGAGUUGUUAGACUUACAGAACAACAACUUGAUGACUAUUCAGCCCCGUUCACUUUAUUGGCUGAGGUCUGUCUCUAAAAUAAUUUUGCGAAACAACAAUAUCACAAAUACUGAUUUUUAUUUUUCAACAUCGAUGAAAAUGCUAUUUGAAUUAGAUCUUAGUUAUAAUUUGAUACAAAAUAUCACUGACUAUAUGUUUAAUGGGUUAGAUAGAUUAAGAUAUCUUAAUUUACAAAAUAACCUGAUAGUUAUAUUAGAUGGAUUUUCGUUCUCAAAUCUGAACUCCUUGCGUACACUGAAUCUGGCUUUCAAUCAAAUACAUACCAUAAAUAGAAUGGCAUUUGAAAAUCUAGUGUCGCUUACAAAAUUAAAUUUAACCGGUAACAAAUUAAAAUCUCUAGCUCCAACAAGAUUUGUUGCUUUAGCAAAACUUACUAUUUUCGAUUUGUCUGGGAAUGGUUUGGAGAACUUGGAGUACGAUGCAUUUAAAGGACUGGAGUCAGUUAAGUAUGUACACAUAAACAAUAACAAGUUAACCGUUUCGAGGACCAUGUUCCAAGGCCUCUGUAAUCUCGAAUGGUUGCAGACAGAUUCUUAUAUCAUUUGUUGCGCAAAACCAUUAACCGUUGAUUCAUCAAAAUGCAUAUCGCCAAAGGAUAGUAUUUCGUCUUGUGAACAAUUGAUAAAUGUUGGAUUUCUUGCACAGAUGAUAUGGUACAUGGCUCUAUUCUCUGUAAUUGGAAAUGCAUAUGUUAUAUACUAUCGCAUUCAGGGAGGAAUAAAAGGAAACGCUUCACAAGGUGUUUUUGUCUUGCAUCUAAGUGUUUCCGAUUUUCUAAUGGGCAUGUAUUUGUUCAUCAUAGCCAUUGCCGAUCUGGAGUAUCGAAACAUCUAUGGAUUUAACGAUGGUGAGUGGAGAUACAGCACAACUUGUACCAUUGCAGGAUUGCUGGCUACAACAUCUAGUGAAGCAUCAGUGAUUUUUAUAUUUCUCAUUACCAUUGAAAGAUAUAUUGUUUUGAAACAUCCAUUUUCUGCGGGACUAGUGAAAAAAAGACGAUUGAUUCUCUUUGUCACAUUGGUUGCUUGGUUGAUUGCUAUCUUGUUUUCAGUUGUACCCUAUUUAGUAUACUCAGACUUCUACAGCAGAUCUACAGUAUGCAUAUCCUUACCUUUAACACCAGGAAAGGUAUCCGGUUGGGAAUAUUCAACCUUUUUGUUCAUUGGAUUCAACAUGUUUAUUUUUAUGGCCAUUGUGAUUGGACAAUUGCUGAUCUAUAUUCAGGUCAAACGAAUGGGGAAGAAAAUUGAAAAUGACAAUUCAAAGCGGGAAAUGGCAGUUUUUAAAUCUCUGUCCUAUGUUGUUUUGUCAGACACAUUUUGCUGGAUUCCCAUUAUAGUUAUAGGACUUCUAGCCAGUGGAGGAGUGAAUAUUUCGUCGGACGUGUACGCCUGGGUUAUUGUUCUCAUACUACCAAUUAACUCAGCACUAAAUCCCUUCAUAUAUACGUUCAGCAUGAUCUACAGAAAGAGAAUGAGAUCUCUGAAGAGUCCUAGUAUCAGUUUGACUGGGAAAAUAAAUGGACACAACCAGAGCAGCAAAUAACAAACAUUUGACCCUUCCAUUGGAUAUUAUCUUUAUUUGAAAAUUGUAUACAAUGUCGUUCAUCAUUAAAAA